AGGGUGGACAGCACAGAAGAGAACAGAAGAACAACUGCAGCAUCGCUUGUGACCUUGGGUCUCUGCAAACACAAUGGCAGUCGAUUACAAGAGAUACCUGGCUGAGAAUGUUCUCAAUGAGCGCCGAACUGUCAGCUAUCGCUCGCUGAGUCGAGCUCUCAAGGUUCACAGCAACCUGGCCAAACAGAUGCUAUAUGAAUUCCACCACAAUGAAAACAACAAGAAGCCGAACAGCGUGAAUGCGACCUACAUUAUGACGGGGACUCAGAACCCUCCCGAGGAACCUACCAAUGGCGCGCAUUCGAAAUCGGACGAUAACGAUGAUGAUCAGAUUAUGCAGAGCAGUCCCUAUCUCAGCAGCUCCAUGCCCAACCAAGAUAAAGCUUCGGAUUCCGUCACAACCACCUCAAUUAUUCUGGCGCGGGAGGAAGACUUGGAAGAUGCAAAGUCGACUUUCCAAAACAUAUCCUCAAUGCACGUCUACAGUCUACAGCCAACAAUUCUCCAAGAUCUCAAUGUCUUGACGGAUGUAACUCGUGAGAUGAUAACUGCGCAUGCGCAUGAAGACCCUUUGGAAUAUGGCAAGCAAUGGGGCAUGAUCCAAAAUAAAAACGUCAAGCGACGAACGGGCGCACGACCACCCCCACCUGCACCCGCUGCUUCAUCAAAUGCAGGAUCUUCGAAGACAACAGUUCCUGCCAAACGGCCCUUGCAAAAGGAAGCAACGCCGCAAACCAAGGCAGAGACUCCCAAGGAAGAGAGUGCAAGCUCUAACUCUAAGCAACCAUCACAACCUUCAGAUACCCAGUCUUCCUCAAAGCCCACUGAGAAAACAGCGCCAGCCAAGAAAGAAAAGGGCAACAUUUUCAGUUCCUUUGCCAAGGCGAAGCCAAAGCAAAAGAAAGAAGAGUCAGCGACUCCAGCGGCUUCCACAGCUGAAUCGACCAAGCCUAGUAGCGCCGAUGAGACCCAGUUGCAAAAGGAUCUUGACGAUGCUUCAGAGGACGAACCCGAGGAACUCUUCCCCGACAAAGGGGGCUCUGCAGCUGCGGCUGCGUCCAGUAAUCGCGAAUCGAGGAAAGAGCGAGAAGAAAAGCUAAAAAAGAUGAUGGAGGAUGAUGACGACGAGGAAGAUGAGGACGAAGAAAUGCCCGAUGCCGCUGAAAGCCCAGAAGAGCCGGCCCCUGUCGAUCAACCUCCUCCUAAACAGCCGGAAAUGAAGGAGGAAGUGACGGUUCAGGGAGGACGCCGAAGAGGCAAGAGACAAGUGAUGAAGAAGAAGACGGUCAAGGAUGACGAGGGAUAUCUUGUCACCAUCGAAGAGCCAUCAUGGGAGUCUUUCUCCGAGGAUGAACCUGCACCUGCACCACCCAAGAAGAAGCCGGCUGUGAGCGCGAAGGGGAAACCCAGUGCAAAGCCUGGACAGGGCAAUAUCAUGUCCUUUUUUUCCAAAAAGUAAAGGCAUAUCUAAUGUCAUGUUACCUCGUGCUGAUGGAAGCGAUAUACAUACAUCUGUGUCAAAGCGCAUCACUUCUGAGCAGUCAUUAUAUUCCAUAUAAUGCUUAGCAUCAUAUCAUAAAAGAUAAAGUCCAUAAAUUAAUAUUUAUACCUCUUCUACCG